GGAGUGGGAGGCCUGCGCUGCCCCUUCACCUUGACACCAUCCUCUCAAGCUAGCUUCUGUUUUUUUGCCUUCCUCCAAUCCUUCUCAGCGAGCAAAUAUGCACCGUCCAGUUUCUCCAAGGGAUCUCCAAGAGUCGGUUUUCAGGAGCUGAUGGGCUUGUCUUCACAUACUACAGGAUUCCCUGUCGUGCUUUUUUCUUCUUUAAUGGGGAGCGGAAAGAGAGAAUUCUGAGACUGACACUGUUUUUGUUGCAUGCCUCCAAUGUUCUCCACCUUCCCCUCAUUCAAAAUUAUUUUUCAGAGCUACCUUAUUUUAAUUUCCUGAAACCUUGCUAAUCUGCAUAUACUAGAUAAUUGCAUAUGUCCUAAGAACGUUAGAAGAAUUUUUUUAAAGAAAUGUUGACUUCUACUGUAACACUGUAUUAUUAUUAAUAAUAAUAGCAACAGUAAUAAUUAUAACAACAUAGUGUUUAAAAGGCAGUACUUGACGGUUUUUCGAAUUUUGUAAAAGAGAGGCACAGUGAUCAGAAAAUAAUCAUAGAAAAGAGAGCAAACUGAAAGCCUGUUAUAUAAUGCCACACUAUGUGGAUAACAAGAACAAGCUAUUUUUAUUUUGUUUACCGUAUGGUAUGCAAUAGGGACUCCUCCAAAAUAAUAUUUCUUCUCUGUGAUCUUGGACCCCAUUACAAUUAGAGGAAGAAGGAAACCCACAAGAAAACUAUAGCAAGGUGGUUGGAUAUUUCAAGACUCAGAGGAUUUUUACAUCAAAGAAAAAUAAGAAAAGGCUUUUAUAUUUAUUCACAUCCUGGAGCACAAUGAAAGAGUUCUAAUGUACAGGCUAAACUUCAGAAAAAAACUGCUGCAGCAACUGGUACAAGGAGGGGAGAAGAAAAAACUCUUACUGUAGCACCUUGGAACACUCCUAUCAUUUGAAGUCAGUUAGCAGAAGUUGUAUAUUUGAAAGCCAAGUAGAAAAUUCUAAAGAAGUUUGUUCAGGCUGACAUGAGCGCACCACUUGAGGCCUGUGAACAAUCCAGCAACAUCUGCAAGUUCUUCAGAGUGAAGGAUAAUCGGAGACACCCAACAGACAACAGUGAAUGUUAGAUGCUUGUGGAGGAUUGUGCUCACAGGGAGAUGAUUCCUCAUGAAGUCUCUGGAUCCCUUUCAGAAAUCAAAUGUGACUUUCCGCUUAGCAGACUGAAAUCAGAGCUAGCCAGGCAGUGAAGCCACAGAAGUGGGCAGGGGCUGGUGAAAAAUGAAAUCCAACCAGGAAAGAAGCAAUGAAUGCCUGCCACCCAAGAAGCGAGAGAUCCCUGCCACCAGCCUGCCUUCUGACGUGAAGCCAUUAGUCCUGGCCAGUGAAAACCACCGUGCAGAUAACUUGUCAUGGCUCUCAAGUACAACCAGUGGCCAGAGCAGUGCAGCUGGGCGGAACAGGCCUGGAGGGAUCUCGGUGGAAGCUGGGUCACAACUGGGAAUAGGUUUACACAAGUCACUAUCUACAGGAAUAGAUUAUUCCCUACCUAGUGCACCUAGGUCAGUUCCAGCUACUGCAACACUUCCUACAGUGUACCCAUCUGCACUUUCACAGGCAGGGACUCCUGUUUCCCCAGUGCAGUACACACACCUGCAACAUACUUUCCAGUUUGUUGGGCCCCAGUAUAGUGGACCAUAUGCCGGAUUUAUUCCUUCCCCACUUAUUUCCCCAACAGCCAAUUCUGCAACCAGCACAGCAGCCUCUGCCACUGCUGUUGCAACCACUCCAUCCCAGCGUUCCCAGCUGGAGGCGUAUUCCACUUUGCUGGCCAGUGUGAGCAACCUAAACCAGCAAGGGCACAAAGUUGAGCCACAUCUAGUCAGGACACCUGGAUUGAUCACAGCAGGGUCUCCUCCACCAACCCAGCAAAACCAGUAUGUCCAUAUUUCUAGCUCCCAGAGUGCUGUCAGAAAUGUCUCCCCUCCGACCAUCCCAGUCCAUCUGCAUCCCCACCAGACGGUGAUUCCUCAUGCAUUCACCCUCGGUCCCUCCUCCCAAGUGGUGGUGCAAUAUGCAGAUUCUGGCAGCCAUUUUGUCACUAGGGAGUCCACCAAGAAGUCCGAGAGCAGCAGGAUGCAGGCUAUGCAAGCAAAAGAAAUACUGAAUGGAGAAAUAGAGAAGAGUAGGCGAUAUGGCAUCUCGCCAUCCUCAGAAGUGAAUCUUAUCAAAUCAGGCAAUAAACCAUCUCAUCAGUAUGAGGCCAGACAUGUGGUGGUCCACUCGAGCCCUGCUGAUUACAUUGCACGGGAUUCCUCCAGUGUCCGGUCCUCAGUUAUGGUUGUCCCCAACAGCAGCACACCUACUGCAGACAUGGAGGUCCAGCAAGCCACUAGCAGAGAAACACCUCCUUCAGCCCUUGGAGAAAAGGGAAGCUUGCAUUUAGGAAAAACAGCUCACCGAUCCUAUGCUUUAUCUCCACAACAGACUAUGGGUCAUGAUGGGGUGAAAGCAGUUGCCACCUUAUCCCCUCACACAGUCAUUCAGACCACCCACAGCGCCUCAGAGCAGCUUCCUGUUGGGUUGCCUGCUGCAGCCUUCUACACUGGGACUCAGCCACCAGUAAUUGGUUACCUGAGCAAUCAGCAACAAGCCUUUGGCUAUCCUGGAAGUCUCCCACAGCACCUGGUGAUCCCUGGUACCCAACCCCUCUUAAUACCAGUAGGCAAUGCAGAUAUCGACUCAUCGGGGGUACCGCCUGCUAUAGCCACUUCAUCUCCCCAGCUGGCGGCUGUGCCUCACACAUUUGUCACAACCACCAUUCCGAAAAGUGAGAAUUUCAAUGCUGAGUCGCUAGCAAGUCAGCCAGCUUACCAGGCGGCAGUGGUGCAGGCCCAGAUUCACCUACCCCUGGUCCAGCCAGUACCUUCUUCAGCAACAGCUCCUCCUACACUGCCUCCGUACUUCAUGAAAGGAUCUAUAAUUCAGUUGGCCAAUGGAGAACUGAAGAAGGUAGAAGAUUUAAAAACUGAAGACUUUAUACAGAGUGCAGAGAUUAGCAGCGACCUGAAAAUAGACUCCAGCACCGUGGAAAGGAUUGAUGACAGCCAUAACCCAGGCAUUGCCAUGAUACAGUUUGCAGUUGGAGAGCAUCGAGCACAGGUCAGUGUUGAGGUCUUGGUAGAAUAUCCUUUUUUUGUAUUUGGACAAGGUUGGUCAUCCUGCUGCCCUGAGAGAACAAGCCAGCUUUUUGAUUUGCCGUGUUCCAAACUUUCAGUUGGGGAUGUCUGCAUAUCACUUACACUCAAGAAUCUGAAGAAUGGCUCCAUUAAAAAGGGCCAGUCCAUGGACUCAGCUAGUAUCUUGCUGAAGCACUCUAAGAAUGACAGUCUAACUGGUAAUAGACAUAGGUAUGCAGAGAAAGAAAAUGGGAUUGAUCAGGGAAGCACGAAGAUGUCCUCCGAGAAUGGUGAACUGAAGUUUCCAGACAAAACAGGAUUGCCUGCAGCAUCUCUGCUCUCCAGAUCAGAACCCAGCAAGCCCACAGCAACCAGGAAGAGGAGGUGGUCAGCCCCUGAAACACGGAAACUAGAGAAGUCAGAAGAGGAGCCACCGUUGACUCUUCCCAAGCCUUCUUUUAUUCCUCAGGAGGUUAAGAUUUGCAUUGAAGGGCGAUCUAAUGUAGGCAAGUGAAGUCUGUUUAGGGAAAGGAAAAUUAGGCUAUCCCUUGUCAUUUUUAUCCAGAUUACUGUACUGUAGGCUAAAAUAACCCAGUAUUUACAUGUUAUCAUCUUAUUUUAGGUUUAUGUUAUAACCUUGUUGUUAGAGCUGCAGCUGGUAUUAUGCAGGAGACUGGUGCAUACUUCCCCCCUCCACCCUCACCAAAGUGUUUAUCGGUGAUUAUUUUUAUCAAGAGCUACAGAAAGGGCAGUAUCUGCUUCCUCCAGGCCCUUCGUGGAAGCAAAUGUUGUCAUGGCUGCUGUUUUCCAACACAUGAAGCAGAAUAACCAUUGGCUGUCUUUGGUGAGGAGAUGGGAAAGGAUCUGUAACAGAUAUGAACACUAUUGCCUGAUUCAAUGAGAGGCUAGGACUGGAAGUUCCAUAGCAGUGUGGUUUGGUGGUUCCCUCAACAAGCAGCUACUGGGCACCCAGUCCAGAGGCAAUAACAAAGAAAUAAGCAGUCUCUGAGGCUUUGCACAAUAAACCACCUUUAACAAAUUUCCAAAGUUUGCCCCAUUUUCCCACUCCUCGCAGCCCAAUCCUUGGCCCCACAAUGGGGGUCUGACUGCACUAUUUUUUAAAAUUAUUAUUAUUAUUAUUACUAUUGUUGUUGUUGUUAUUUUUUUAUUCUCAGAGACUGCCACACAGAGAUUUCAUCUCCACUUGUUAAUACGGUUGUGUAGCAAUGGUGUACUGAUUCUUGUUUUACUAACACUGGGAAUUUCUUUGAAGUAGGAUAUUGUUGCUGUAGGCCUAGUGAGUUUCAAAUUGUGGGGGACCCAGCUAGUGCUCUUCAUUUCUCCUGUACAGCUUUAGCAAGAUCCACUGAGUGUUGCCAGCCAUUGACAUUUGCUUCCACAAGGUAAAUAUGCACUGCCCCUUUGGGAUAGUGAAGAUAAAAGUUGUUUGAGUUAGGUUGCAAAUUUCUGCCUAACUCUAGUACUGAUUUAGUUUCUGAUGAUGGACAACUAGUGCCACUUUUUUUUUUUCAAAUUUCAGUGUGACACAAGGAAGUGGAUGUCAAAGAUGAACAUAGAAUGUCUUUAAGCACUUAAAAUGCUGUUCACACUUCAGUUGCUGAGCAUCUGGGCUUAACACUCAGCAAGUACUGUAUCUCACUUUAAUCUCUGUGAUCAGAGAGAGAAAAAGAAAAAGAAAAUUGAUCUCUUCAACACUGUUAACUACAUGCAAAAUAUGUAGAGGUUUUUCACAAGCAAGAUGUUGAAAGUUUUUCACGUGGUUUCAAAGGGAUGAAUGUGAAUUAUGAACUGGUAUGUGACAGUCAUUGUCCACAAGGACUACUUAAUAGGAGGCACUUUUAAAACUUUAAUGCUUGUGAAAGAGUUAAAGGCAUAUGUGAGCUGACAGAUAAUAAAAGAAUAAGAGAGAGUAUAAAAGAAAGAGAAGGAAAAUCAUUAUUGUCCAGUGUUUUUGAAAAAGAUGGACUUUAAAGAAUCUUGCAAUUUGCACAUCUUGAGUUUAUCAUUUGUGUGGUAUUCCUACAGUUUUUACCUAAUAAUUUUUGGGGAAGGGAGAGGGUCUGAAAAAGCUUAAACAAAUGUAGCAAUUACAUACUAACCUGCCUAAUCUUUAGGCCAUUUUGUAGGGUUAGGUUUCGUUUCAAACUCUUUUUUUUUCCUUUCUGUCAUAUCUGUCACCCUGAACCAGGACAGACUCUGAGAAUUUCUCUUCAAAUUCACUGAGUGUUGCAUAAGAGUCAUUUUGAGACAGAAGCAAGUUAUUUUUUAAAAAGAUUCCAAUCCAUUGUUAUUAUAUUGUUGUGAAUGUUACUUUGUUACUCUUCAUUCUUUUCCAUUAGUAAGUACAAUGUAGAUGUCAACCUUUGGUACAACACAGGACAAUGGGUAGAAAGUUUACCCAGUUAAGCUCUUUGUUAUUGGUGGUGUUACUGUUCCCAAAAAUCUGAAAGAAAGAAAAAAAGUGGAUCCAGAGAUCCUUUCUCCUGCUUAUUAUGUGGCUUCCAUCAUGAAACAAAUUUCUGACAAAUAGCCACAUUAAAGCCCUGGUGACGCCUCAUGUAUGAGUGAUAUCACAAUACCAGCCUGUGAAAAAUUCACAUGAAUCAAUGUACAGCCUAGUGUAAAGCCCAGUUAAUUAAAAUAGUGCAUUCAUUUCAGAAGCCUAAUGAGAAAAAUUCUGGAUCUGUUCACACACUAGGCUUAAUUUGGAUUCUCCUUAGAUGGGUCUUUAUUGUGAAUCUAAAAUCCAUAUGAGUGUAAUCUAUCCACAUUAACAAAUCCAUGUGGUACCAAUAUUCUGAGAAGCCCAAAUACAUUUCUUUUCCUUUUUAUAAGUGUCAUAUAUGAAAAUGGUACAAGAACUUUUUGAAAUCAAUGUUUGCUCUAGCUUAUCUGUUGGGAAGGCAUUAAUUUUAUUCUUCCCGCACUUGCAAUUACAUUUUGAUGAAAUUCAAACCCAGGGCAAGUAAGGUAGCAGAAGGCAGGAUGUGCUGUCUGUGUGAAUAGGGGUUGCUUACCCUGAUUUCCUUUUCAUGAUCAUUCCAUCUGCCUUGGGGAAGCCACUGGCCACUAAGCGGCCUUGUUGGGGGAAUGAAUUAAGGCGAGAUAUGCAGUUAAUGUUUCUCUGCUGUUCAAGUGAAGGAUAAGCUGUAACCUUAAUCUGGAUCCAACCAAUAUUUAGGAUUGUCUAACAGGAGUUUAUCUCUCCUGGUCAAGAUUUUGACCUCAGAUGUGGUCCUGUUUAGUUGCAUUGGGGCUCUGUGAAUUUGAGGCCCCUUCAAAUCAAGAAUGGAAAUUUAAAAUACCAGAAAAGAAUCUAAAAUUAAUAGAUUCCUCCAAAUGUUCAUUUCCCUCCCCAACUUGCUUAAAAACAAUAUAUUUUAAAAAUUACUCCCACCCCAUCCUUUAGUUCUUAUGUCUUUGUUUGUUACUUGAACAUUAGCUCACACCAGAAUUAAUCAUUUUUGUACCAUAUUGGGGUGCACCAAAAUACAUUUAAAUUUUUAAAAUAGCUUGAAAUCUAUCUUGAAUUGUCAAAACCUCUCAGUAAUAUACCAAAUAGCUGAGCAGGUUUCUCCUCACAAUCACACUGCUUAUUUAGUGCUGUAAUUUUUUUCAACAUUUCUGCUCAGAGAACUUGCUUAAUCUUCCAUAAACUCUGCUCAGGGCACUUUCAAUUUAUUGUUUAUUGGAGUUUUUAUUUUAGCUUUUCUCGUUUGAUUGUUUUUGUUUUCAUUUCAACCUCUGAUGCCGAGAGGGAUAGAAAGACAUGGGACAGAAUUCCCUAUUUCAUUCCCAUCAGUACCACUAUACUCAUGUAUACUCAGAGAGCAUCACACCUAUAUAAGGAAGCAGGGAAUAUAAAACUGACCACAUCUAUGGAACUAACACUAACAGUAAAAUGAUAAUAAUACUGAUGAUGAUCAUGAUAAUAAUAAUAAUAAAAGGUUGGAGCAAUAGGAAUGUAUUUGUUCUCUGCUUACAUUGCAGACUUAGAAUCCUGCAAUUGUUUUCUCCUUCCAAACAUUGUUCUGCUUUGUUGUGCUUUUGCUUUUUAGCAUGUGCAAUAUUUUAUGUGCCAAUUUAGACUCACCCACAUAUGAGGUAGACCUUUUCCCCAUCCAUCUGUUUGUGUGUAUGUGUGUGUGUGAAAUCUAAGGCUGUGUACCUCCUUCGGUCCAUAGUAGGAACAAAAACUCUAUGGCUGCCAAGUAAGGGCUCUGUAGAGUUCUUAUUGGAACCCACCUGGUCCCCCACAUUUAAAGAAGCAGCAGAUAAAUAAUAUUAUUAGAUAAUAGCCCUGCCUCAAAGGAAUUUAAAGAAAGAUAGGAUGAUCUGGGGAGAGACAGAUUCUGUGAAUAUGAGUAAUUUGCAAUAACUGGGCCUUCUUAAGAUGGAUGUAUGCAGUCUUUUCAGAAUUACCAGCACCAUAUUCUAUUGGAUACCUGUAACUAUUACUAAUCUUCACCUUCCAUUGAAAUGUGGGUAAAACUCAUCCCUGUGCAAAGAAACAUAGGAGCCAGGGCCACUCUAUACUGGUUCGCACAUAACAGAAAAUUGUGAGUUAAUUAACCGAACCCACAGUUUGGCAAGCAUGAGUGAGAGCACAUUUCCUCCAGUAUGCCCCUCAUGCCUACUUUCAUUUUACAACCUAUGAUCCAUCUGAACCCAGGCACUCUGGACUGUAUCAGGGCUAAACAACCUGGUGUUAACCUAAUUGGAGAGGGGCAAUUGAAAGUUACAAAAUGAAAGUUUAAGUGAGGCACAUACUGGAAUCAGUACAGUUGCUCACUCCCAUAUAUGCCAGGGUUGCAAAAUACAUUCAAAACAGAGUACUUGCUUUCAAUCAUGGCUACUUUGUGUUGGGUAAAUACCACUUUGCCCUUGGAGCAUGCCAAGAUGUGCUUUUCCAUUGUGUUAGUGAACUGGGAAGUUGUGAUUAAGUUCUGUUAUCUCUUUAUUGCUAACAUUUCCCAUUUUUCAGUGAUCGAGGUGAGUUUUGGCCCUGUUGAUGUCCACAGUGAGGAUUAUAUUGGGUCUUUUGUCCUCAUCCUCAAUUGGAUUAGGAUUUGAGCCUUGUGCUCCUAAGUGCCUUAGUUUCUUUUGAAAAGGCACCUAAUUUCACAGGACACAUUUUAACCCCAUUCAUGUUCCUGGAACUGUUCCUGUAAACUAUAGUUCACAGAAUCAGUCCCUUCCCACUUCCUUCUCGUUCAUUAAAUAGCCAUUGAUGGGUGUAGAGAACAUUUUAAGAAUAGUGUCAUUGUAAGAAGCUUCUAUACAAUGUCCACAUGGCAAUAUUAACUGACACCAGUUUUUUUCCUUUGUUUUUAUACCAGACCUGUUUUAAUUUACAGUGAAACUCAUACAAUCACCAAUAAAAGAAUUUGUCAGGGCAAAGAAAGAAAAAAUACCAGAACCUCUUUAUAGGAAUUUCUAAAGAAAUAUAUCUAUAUCUAUAUAUAUCUAUAUAUAAUAUGACUGUUCCGUAUAGUGUUUAACUUAGGCAUCAUUUCAGUUUCUCUGGGCCACAUCGUGGGAGUCUCAAGAGUGAGAUGUCACUUACCUCGUAUCCUGUAAGUUACACCCAAACGAUUCUUUUUCAUACCUUUCAAUGCAACUUUCUCCCUUUAGCCCUUUCCCUUUUCUGGAAAAAAAUGCAUGCCUUAUCCUUUUUUUUUUUUUUUUUUUUUCUGGUGUCACAUUUAAAUUAGUUUGGGAGGGGUUUUGAGCCAGGAAGUGACAUCGCAACUCUUGCUUCCCUAAAUCAAGGAACAUUUAGAAACCUUUCACACCUCUUACUCAGGGAUGGGGCUGGCGUAUGUGUGGUACACUGAUGUGACCAGAAGGAGCACUUUUACUGCUCUGGAGUAGGGAUGUUCAAUUCCAAGAUGUUUGGAUUUCCUCCAUGGUCAUGGAUUAACAUCCCAUUUUACCAUAUAGAAUGCUAUAAAGCAUCAGAUCUAUUGUGAACUGUAGCUUUUGGUUAUAGAGAAGUGCACUCUGUGCAUAAUGGCUUGUUUUACUUUGCUAUGUUGCCAAGCAAUGAGGAAAAAACACAACAAUAAUAUUGUUCGAGUAGGAAAUGAGAAUGCUAUUUUGAAAACAAUUAGUUGAUGUUUCUUCUGAUUUUCAGACGUGAAUUCCUAAACCAUUUUCUUUUAAAGAUGCCAUAUAUAUCCAGGCCACAGUGUUGCAAAGCCUUGCUUAACAUCUUCAGGGCUCAAUACUACAAGGGAAUAGUCAUGAUUCUCCCAAAUCCCUUUGGUAUGUUGGCUGUACCUUUUUAAAACCCGAGUCUAGCUGCAAUUAAAAAAUGAAUGCUUUGGAGGUCAGAGCUACCCAUUCUCCAGUCCUUUCAGAAUCAGUGCAGAAAUACAUGGCCUACAUGUGUGCAUUUCUCUUUGCAGCAUUGAAAUAUUUUUACUUGAGGCUGUUUUCAUGCAUCUGCUACUUCAGGUGUUGCCAUACACUACAGUUUGGUGGUGGAUAUUUUGAGUGUCUUCAACUUUUAACAUUCUCAUGCACACAUUUUUUCAGCUUUAUUGGCAGCACUUUGAACAGCAUGCUUGUCAGUGGAAUUUAGAGUAAAGGAAUUUGCUGGUGCUGUAGGCUUAUUUACAAGUAGUCCAGCAGUUAUAAGGCAACCAAAGCAGCUGUUAAUCUGACCCAGAAUGCAGUGAUAGCUGAAUGGCAUCUUUAGAAUUAAACUUGAGUUACACAGUAGUGCCUGUCUGCAUUAAUACUGUUGGAUUUCUGGUGUAAGUUCAUGGGUUAAAAUCCCAAACUACCCUUCCAGAGGUAGUUGCUGUCCUCCAUAUAUGGAAGGGCUGUUUUAUAGCCCUUGUGCAAGCAGAAGCAUGCAAAUGACCAUAGCACAUAGCACCUACCUACCUUCUUAUGGCCCCGGCAAACACUUCUGAUUACGCAAGUGAUCUGGUGUCUAUUUUCCUUCUGCUCAAUUUUUCUGAUCCAGUCCCUCAUUGUUAUCCACUUUACUUUGAAAAAGUGGGCCCUUUUGUGUCACGGCUACUAUUAAACUGCUAACAGCAAUAUGUGACCUGCAUUCCCCCCACCUCCAAAAAUCAUUACAGAUUACAGUGUUGUCCAGCCUUGGGGCAGACUGUGAUAGUGUGAAAACAAAGGGAAAUUGUUCUAUGUUUGUUUUAAGCAGAAUAUGGUUAGUGCUUUGCUUUUAUGUUUAUAACCCUGACAGUUCCUUAAAAUAAUUAAGAGGAAUGAAUAGUGUCCCAAAUGGUAAAUGUUGUUUUUGAGAGCACAGAAAUAGUCUGUUGAUUUCCCUUGUAGUUUCCAAGAGCAGUAUUGUGUUUUUCUGUUGAUAGGGAAAUUCCAAACAAGUUGCACACUUCUACUCCAGAGUUCAAUUUCUUUUACAUAGACGACCUCGCUUCAGACGUGUUACCUUACUGAUAGGAUCUUUACUUGUAGCACUAUAACUCGUGGGAAUAUUUUUUUAUGUGAACCUAAUUUGAUGAGAAGCUUAAACAAACUUUUUUGAAGCACUCACAUUGAGAGGAGUACAGGUAAUGUUUUUUAAAAAAUUGCACAAAAGAAACAUGAAUGUUGGAAUGAUUCAUUCAGUGUUUGAAAAGCGAUGGAUAUGUUGAAAUUGUGUGUUGUUUGUAAAAAUAAAUAAAAGUACAAAAGCCAAGAAAGGGUGAAAGUUACAUGUUUUUUGUAUAUAGAAAACUCUCACGUCUAGAUGAUCCGAUUGUAUUGGUCCUGGCUGGAAAGAAUGGCUAAUUAACAGGUUUUCAAAUACAACUAUGCUUAGUUUUGUAUUUGCAUUACAUGAAUCCCAUUGUUGGGACAGGGGAGAAUGAUUCACAAUUAUACUAUUUGUCCCUGUUUUAAUUUAGAUUUUGACCUUGAUCAGGAUGUUUUUAUUCCUUCUAGUGAUGAUGAUCUACAUCUUCUGCACUUCCUGUUCUUCAAAAAAAACCCAAAGAAUUUAAUAUGGAACAAGAAGUGUGUGUUAAAAGGGAUUCUUAUAGCCAAUGAAGAAGUUAGAAACAGCAUAUUGUCUCCUGCAAAAUCUCCCACCCACAACUCCUCCCCCUCAUAAAUGCCUGGAGGUCUUGAAGACAUAUUUCAGUUAUUCAAGCAUUUGUGCAGAGUUAGAAUGAUUUCACUGGCACACCAAAAAUGAAGGGAAUUAAGGAAUGAAAUAUUUAAGGAAGGGUCCAAAUUCCAUUUACAGAAAAACUUUAAAGUGAGGGGUCUUGCGUCUAGGUGAUAGUUGUCUGAAUCCUUCUCCCUUGCAGACUGUUAGUAAUAAUCCAAGUCACCAUUCUGGCAUUUAAUAUGGAGGGAUAUAAUUAUGUAUUAAAACCACCCCUUCAGGUGGAGAAAGAUGGCCUCUCAAAUAAUAAAACAAAGUGCAUUUGGGCAAUGAGUAGUGUUUCUAGAAUAGGGAUUGCAAGAACUCUGUGGUUUCUCUCAUUGUUAUCGGAAAGGACUUGAGUCUUCCACUGAGAAUUAAUCAGAGUCUUCAUCCGAGGUUGCUUUUGUUUGUUCAUUUUCUUUCACUUGAUUAAAGCUCUUAUUCCCUUUUCCUCAGCCAUGCAAUAGGCAGCCACUGAAGGUGUCAUCUGUGGCAGGCUUAAAUCACUAGUGCUGGGACAAGUGUAUGAUGAGAAUAUUAACCUUUGUUAACUGCCCAGAGAACUUCAGCUAUUGGACAGUAUAAAAAUGAAAUAAAUAUUUCAAGUCAGCUUCAUUGAGGCCUGAAACUGGCUAGUGAAUUGCUGUAAAGUCACUUGUAGCAGGAAAUGGCUGGCUGAACUCAGCUCUGAACAUCAAGUUAGAAUCAUCCUUCAGAUGUUUUCAUUUUUUUAAGUUAUAAAACUAUUUUUUGAAAUAGUAGUGAUAGACCAAUUUACAUUAAUGAAAGAGCUGGUUACUCAGCAAUUUCUCUGAUUAAUUAUAAGGUUUUUUGAUGUACACAUGUGCAACUCCUCAUGAGAUCAGUAUCAACUGAAUUGAAGGGACAGUUAAAUUUCAGACAGGCUGCAAAUAACUCUUUACCAAACAAAAGCCAAAGGAGGGGCAUAAUAGAUGCAGUUAUUUAUUGCCCAGGAAAAGAUAACAGAAUUCUGUUAUAUGUUGAGCACUAAAGGCUAAUGGUUGGCAAUACAAGAUAAGCAUUUUAAGUCAUCAGUCUAGGUGUUUUUUUUAACUUACAUACUCAUAAAAGUUGAUUUUUGGAUCUACUUUGGACUCUCUUGCAAAUUUUUUGUGUGUCUAAUUUUAAACCAAGAAAACAGGCCUUAAGUACUUGAAAUGUCACAAAAUGUCACUGUGUCUCUGGACAAUAAAUACCUGCAUUUAUGUUACUGGUUGAUAGUUCUCAUGUUUUCUGUUUGUACCUCAGAACUGUUGCCUAUCAUCAUUAUUACUCUAUUAAGAAAUAAAACUUAAUUUUAGUCUGCCCAUCAGCUAAUACUAAAAGUAAUCUCCUUUUAAAAAUAAUACAUAGCAUUGCAAAAUAUUUUUGAUCUCUUGCAUUAAAAUAGGCAACUUCCAGGUCCUUAGUUUUGUUAAUAGUUUUGUCCACAUUUGGAGCAUCUGGCAAGUUCUUGGACAGUUUCCCAGACAGACAGAUGUUCAUAGCGGAGAUAUUUUCUCAUAUACCACUGAUUAAAAAUUACACUUUCAAUGUGCUGCCUAGUGUUGGCCUAGGAAAAGAGGUAUCAUAGCUUUAUGCUGAGGUCAUAUUGGGUUGACAUGGCCAGUAUAAAGGAGAAAUAGGGAGGGAAUGUUUUGCACCUUAUAGAGGAGAAAAUUUUUAAGUGCAUACAGACAUAGGUAAGAGCUUUUAUUGUGACAAGAGAACUUUUUUCCAUAUGCGUGCAUACUCUCUGUAAUUCCAGUGUAAAAUAUUGUACUUGCACUAGCUUUUUUAAAACAAAUAUUAAAAAAUGGAAGAAUUCAUAUUCUAUUUUCUAAUCGUGGUGUGUCUAUUUGUAGGAUACACUCGCGUCUGUUUAUUGAAUUUUAUGGUCCCUUUCUUUGAUGGUGCUUGCAGGUUUUCUAGGUAGAAAUUAUUUCAUUAUUAUAAUAAAACAAUGUUUGAUUCAAAAUUUGAACAAAAUUGUUUUAAAGAAAUUGUCUGUAUACCAGUACAAGUUUAUUGUUUCAGUAUACUCGUACUAAUAAAAUAACAGUGCCAAUUGCAAA